CCACUCUCCCUCUAUAACUUACAACCAGCACAGCACAACACACUCAGGUGCCUUCUUAAGCUCUUCGGAACCAGUCCUAUUCAUUCAGGAAUCAUCAUCUCUCUCGCCCUCCUUAUCUCGUCCGUUGUUGCGUAAUAUCUAAAAGCCAGUUGCUAUGGAUCUCGCUUCGAAUCUAGGUGGCAAGAUCGAUAAGUCCGAUGUUCUCACCGCCGUCGAAAAGUAUGAGCAGUAUCAUGUCUUCCAUGGAGGAAAUGAGGAAGAGAGAAAAGCUAAUUACACUGACAUGGUUAAUAAGUACUAUGACCUUGCCACUAGCUUUUAUGAGUACGGAUGGGGAGAAUCCUUCCAUUUUGCACACAGAUGGAAAGGAGAAUCUCUUCGAGAGAGCAUUAAGCGACACGAGCACUUUCUUGCUCUUCAGCUUGGCAUUAAACCAGGACAUAAGGUACUGGAUGUAGGAUGUGGUAUUGGUGGACCGCUGAGAGAAAUUGCACGAUUCAGCAAUUCCUCUGUUACCGGACUCAACAAUAACGAAUACCAGAUCACCAGAGGCAAGGAACUAAACCGACUUGCAGGUGUCGACAAGACAUGUAACUUUGUCAAGGCUGACUUCAUGAAGAUGCCAUUCCCUGAAAACAGUUUUGAUGCAAUUUAUGCAAUAGAAGCAACCUGCCAUGCUCCUGAUGCAUAUGGAUGCUACAAAGAGAUCUACAGAGUGCUGAAACCUGGUCAAUGUUUCGCUGCCUAUGAGUGGUGCAUGACUGAUGCAUUUGACCCUGAUAAUGCGGAACAUCAGAAAAUAAAGGGAGAGAUAGAGAUUGGAGAUGGUCUGCCUGACAUUAGGCUGACAACAAAAUGCCUCGAAGCUCUGAAGCAGGCCGGUUUUGAAGUAAUCUGGGAAAAGGAUCUAGCCAAGGACUCGCCUGUCCCAUGGUACCUACCUCUGGACAAAAAUCAUUUCUCGCUUAGUAGCUUCCGCCUAACAGCUGUUGGACGGUUCAUAACCAAAAACAUGGUGAAGGUGCUUGAAUACAUGAGACUAGCACCUCAAGGAAGCCAAAGGGUCUCAAAUUUCCUGGAGCAGGCAGCAGAAGGAUUAGUCGACGGUGGAAGGAGAGAGAUCUUCACGCCAAUGUAUUUCUUCUUGGCCCGGAAGCCAGAGUGAGCGGAUGAGAGAAUGGUAUCAUCGUAGGUCGACUGAAGUUACCAAAUUUCUCAAUUUGCUAUGUUAUGUUCUUCUCUGUUUCGUCUCAAUUUGUUGCAAUGUUUUGGUGUCUUUUUAGAUUUGCAAAGAAGAAAAAAAACCUUGUUGCAUAUCCUUUAUUGACAAAUUGUGUACUUUGGAUGUUGGGUGCACGGCACUCACGUGUUCGUUCAUGUGGGGAUUUAUAUUUUCUUUUUCUCUUUA